AUGCCCUCUCUAGUGGACCCGAUAUCUCGCCCAUCAUCGACUUCGACUGUCAAUUCUUCACUCCAUCACAGCGCUUCGUUACCUCAGCUUCCUGGCUUGUCUGCUCUGGCAUCUCUCGCGUCUUCGUCGAACUCUCCCCAAAUGAGGGCGUUCAACGUAGGACCAACUGGAAUGAGCUAUUCGUCUCCAUCGGCGACUUCGGGCGGCGGGCAGAGCAGUUCCCAGCCACCUAUCUGCGGAAAUUGCGGCACCUCGACUACACCUCUAUGGAGACGCGAUGAGGUUGGCUCCGUGCUGUGCAAUGCCUGUGGCCUGUUCUUGAAGCUGCAUGGACGACCUCGGCCGAUAAGCCUAAAGACAGAUGUUAUCAAGAGUCGCAAUCGUGUCAAGAGUUCUGGGGCGGCACAAGGCGUAAAGAAGAAAAACCCCUUUGACACAAACGGUCACGAUCAAGCGCGGUCGCAAGCCGGAACACCACCCCCAGGAUCACUGGGACAUCGUCGCACCUCUCAAAAAUCCGCGAAUGGACAUUCUGAUGGCUCGAACUCUCCCAUUUCAAGAACGGGUACGCCGUCUAUGUAUGCGAACCACCUGCCACCGUUCAACGGCCACUCGCUCGAAGAUCACUUCAAUCAUCAUUCCCCGUCCCUCCCACCGAUGCACCUUCGCCAACCAUCGCCUGGACGUUCCACCUCCCCAUUGAAUGGGAACCAUGGUCUAGAAGUGCCUCAAACAUACGAGCAACUUAUCGCCUCGAACUCAUCGCUCAAAACUCGCGUCAGUGAACUCGAAGUUAUCAACGAGCUGUUCCGAGGAAGGGUCGCUCAGCUUGAGCAGGAUGAGAACAAUGCUAGAAGGGGAGAAGAGAUGCGCCACAAGUCGGAACAAGAUCUCAUGCGACGCUUGGAGGAAUCACAACGCAGGGAGAAUCAGCUGAAGCACCGACUUGAUGAUGUCGAACAACAGCUCACCGAAAUCCGGGAUGGUGCCCCACGAGCGAAGAAGAUGCGCGUUGCAGACAUGGUUGGAGAUCACAGCGAGGCUUCAACACCACAAUCAGUCACAUAA